AUGGCAAGUCUUGAAGCUCAUAACCAUGUUUCCCCCGACUCAGGGAGACCGAUCACCAUCCAUCCAAAUUUUAAUCCAAAAAUCAAGUUCUGGAACCCUCCUGACUCUAUUCGCGAACAAAUUGAACCACCAAAAGACCGGGCUCUUUUUGCAGACCCAGAUAAGAAGGCUCUUCUGUCCGCAGCGAAAAAGAUUGAUCUCACCGAGUCGAUUGGCAGUGUCUUGGAAGGCGUGCAGCUCUCCAAGCUUACCCCAGCCCAGUUGGAUGAACUUGCUCUGCUAGUCAAUGAACGUGGUGUCGUAUUUUUCAGGGAUCAAGACCUCACCACGGAAACGCAAGUUCAACUUUUCGAGCAUUAUGGAAUACUCGACAAACAUCCAGCACAGAAGGAUUUGCGACAUUUCGUGAUUGGCGGAAGCACCGCAGAUCACCGAGAAAUUGCAAACUAUACACCAUGGCCUCAGGGAGACUUUCAUGCCGACACGUCGUUUGAGAUAAAUCCUCCCUCUUAUUCCCUUCUGCGAAUGGAGGAGCACCCAGAGGUUGGCGGAGACACGGCAUGGGUCUCGGGCUACGGACUGUACGAUACGUUGAGCGAUGCCAUGAAGAGAUUUGUUGAUGGCCUCCAUGCAGUUCACACAUCAAGGUUGCAAUACGACACGAUCAUUGAUCUCUGGGGUAAAGGCCCAAACCGGCCCCCUAUUGACACUCACCAUCCGGCUAUCAGAACGCAUCCGGUAACAGGUUUGAAGGCGAUAAAUGUCAAUCCAGGGUUUGUAACAGGGUUUGCGGAACUAAAAAAGGUCGAAUCAGACAAGUUGUUGGAUUUCUUCGCCUAUCACAUCCAUUCAGCGGAUGAUCACUACGUGAGAUGGAAAUGGACCGUUGGUGCUGUUGCUAUGUGGGACAAUCGGCGGGUCACUCUCUUUUAUUUAUGCGUUCUUCAUCGAGUGAUUCCUGGGACGUACGAAGGGCCCCGCCGCGGUAUCCGCACUACAGUAUUCGGAGAGAAGCCAUUCUUCGACCCGAGCAGCGAGGGACGUGCCGAACGAGCUGCUAGGGUCAAACAGGAGAAGUCUGGGACGGACGAGAGCGGAUGA